UGUCACGACCUCGCCACCAUUAUCCAUUGUAUCACUUUGUUUAUGUUUUUUUUUUAGUUUUUAUCCAAAAUUUCUCUUAAAAUUCCAGUAAAAAUGUCAAGUAAAGUUCUAUUAUUUAGCUAAUAUACCGCAAGUUAACCAUAAGAACCCAAAAAUGGUUUCAAUUUUGUUCGUGUUGCUCCUGUUAUCCAGCGGGUGCGACUGCGUUCAUUACGGCACUACCAGAGUCAGUGAUGGCGAAGACGUUCUUCCUUCACACGACAAUUGCCAACCCAUUACCAUCCCUUUUUGCAGUGACAUAGCGUAUAACCAAACCAUAAUGCCGAAUUUAUUGGGACACAGUAGACAGGAAGAAGCUGGUCUUGAGGUCCAUCCCUACUUCCCUUUAGUGAAGGUUAAUUGCAGUCCAGACUUGAAAUUCUUUUUAUGUUCAGUUUUUGCCCCUGUUUGUACUAUAUUGGAGCACCCUAUACCACCAUGCAGGGCUUUGUGUCUUUCAGCUAAGGAGGGUUGCGAAGGUAUUAUGGUUAAGUUUGGAUUUCCUUGGCCAGCUAGUCUAAAUUGUGAUCUGUAUCCAGAUAACACUCUGGGAGACCAGCUUUGUGUGGGGCAAAAUAAAUUAACUGUACCCGCGAGUACCCACAGUACCAGUACCUCAAAAUCUAAAUAUGCAAACCAUUUUGACAUACCUACAAAGGGUAAAAAUUUUGGAUUUGUUUGUCCAGAACAAUUUAAAGUGCCUAGCGUUUUGGAGUAUAGUUUUAAAGUUGGUAAUAAGGUUGAGAAAAACUGUGGAGCCCCUUGUCACAUGAUGUUUUUCAAUGAAGCCAAAAGACAGUUUUCAAGAGUCUGGGUGGGUAUUUGGGCCAUGUUGUGCUCAGUUAGCUGCCUAUUUACCAUAUGCACAUUUCUAAUAGAUACCGACAGAUUCCGUUACCCAGAAAGACCGAUAAUAUUUUUGUCAGUAUGUUAUUUUAUGGUGGCAUGUGCCUAUUUAGUAGGUUUCUUUGUGGGAGACAGUAUCGCCUGUCGUGAACCAUUUCCAUCAAAGCAUGGUAAUGUGAGUGUUAGUACCAUUACUCAAGGUAUCAAACAUGAGUUUUGUACCAUUUUGUUUAUGAUGUUGUACUUCUUCAGUAUGGCCUCUAGUAUUUGGUGGGUUAUUUUAACAUUGACAUGGUUUUUGGCAGCCGGGUUAAAGUGGGGACAUGAAGCCAUUGAGGCAAAUUCUCACUAUUUUCAUUCAACAGCUUGGGCAGUACCUGCAGUCAAGACUAUGGCUAUUUUGGGUAUGGGAAAAGUCGAUGGUGAUGUCCUGAGUGGGGUAUGCUAUGUAGGUAUUUGGAAUGUGGAAGCCAUGCGGACAUUUGUCUUAAUCCCUCUAGUGGUUUAUCUGGUACUAGGAACUAUUUUUCUUACCAGUGGUUUUGUCUCUCUAUUCCGCAUUAGGACAGUAAUGAAACAUGAGGGAACCAAAACAGAAAAACUGGAGAAAUUAAUGAUAAGAAUUGGAAUUUUUUCAGUUUUGUACACCUUACCUGCCCUGAUCGUUAUUGCAUGUUUGUUCUAUGAGAGUUCCUACUAUGAUGAUUGGAUGAAGACAUGGUGGGGUGACAUUUGCUAUAAUACCAAAUACUCUGUGCCUUGUCCAAUUUCAGGGAGCAAAUAUACAAAAUCUUACCCAUACUUUGAGGCAUUUAUGCUCAAAUAUCUCAUGACCAUGAUUGUGGGCAUCACUUCCAGUGUCUGGAUUUGGUCCGGAUUUGGAAAAACCGUUCACAGUUGGCGCGUUUUCUUUAAUAGUUUAAAGAAAAGACGUGUAGAGGCCUAUGUCUAAUUUACAGGCUUAAUAUUAUGAUACUAAGUAUCAAACAUCACACAUCAUUAAUGACUGAUUUGUCAAAUUGUGACAAAGGGGAAUAAGGGAAUGAAAAAUAUAUAUUUUUAAUGUUGUACCACAACUGUUAAGUGUUUUUAACAAUUGAUCGGGUUGCUUAUUAGAAAACAAAAAAUUUUUUGAAAAAGUUGCCGCUAUUUACAAUUAUUGUUUAUUGACUCUGUAUUUAAUACUUUGUGAAAUAAGAUUUUUAUCUUAAGCAAUGCAUCCGAUCUGUAUUUGAAUAUUCUUUAAAAUAAUAUUGUUAUCUUAGGAUAUCUUCAAGUAUUAAUUUGUUCCCAUAGAGAUUUACCAUUUUUGCCCUGUACAAAAAUGAAUUUAAAACUUAAGUGCCUCUACUCUAUGUCAAUACCGCUAUAGGGUGGCUCUAAAAAAACGUCAAUAAGUGAAAACAAAAAUAAUAUCUUCCGCUUAUUCUAAACUACCGUACUGUGAUUAAAUCAGCACAUUUUAAACAGUAUUUUCGACAAUUUAAGAUAUAUGUCAUAAACCAGAUGGCAUCCGUUUCUCGACGCACAUUAAUAGAAAAUGAAUAGUACAUAAUAUUUUUCUAUGCUAUAAAUUUUUGUUUUAGAAUUUAGUUUUAUAUACCGUGCAGCAAUAUUUUGCUUUGUAAGUGUCCAAAAUAAUCUAUGUAGUAUUAUUUGUUGUAAAAAUAUGUAUAUAUGUUAAGUACCCUGAAAUUCACCGCCGAACACUUGUUUUGACCCAAGGGAUACAUCUCAAACUUUCGGUAGUUUAUUUGAGUUUUUGACUGAUUUUUUAUGCUAAGUAUAUAAUGAAACGUUUUAGUUUUAAGUUUUAAGAAUACUCUAUCAGCUGUUGAAAGUUGAAAUUUUGAAUAUUUAGAGUAAAUCGAUGUAUAUUAACAUUAGAUGUAAGGCUUUCUUUUACAUAAAAUUUAGGAAAUUAACAUUUUUUUAAGUGUCAAAUUGUAAGACAUGCGUAUGUGCAAAUAUUGUUUAUUACCCAGUGCAAAAACUGCCUUAACUAUAUUAUUGGAUUAUUUUUUGUACACAUUAUUUACAAUAAAAUGUUUAUAAAUUGUA